AUGGAGAACUUUACACAAGUCUCAGAAUUUAUUUUACUUGGGUUCCUAGGGGGUCCAGGCACACAGGCUGUGCUGUUUCUGGUCUUUCUGACACUCUAUGUGGUAGCAGUGCUGGGAAAUACAGGCAUGAUAGCCAUAAUCCAUGUAGACAAGCAUUUGCACACUCCUAUGUAUACCUUCCUGCAGAGCCUGUCAGUUAUGGAUGUCUGCUACACCUCUACCAUUGCACCCAGAGCACUGGCCAACUGCCUUCGAAAAGACCAUGUGGUGUCCUUUAGUGGAUGUGCUGCCCAGUUCUUCUUCUUGUCCCUUUUUGGAACUGCUGAGGCCUUCUUACUGGCUGCCAUGGCCUAUGACCGCUUCCUGGCCAUCUGCAGCCCUCUGCUCUACACUGCACGCAUGUCCCCACAGGUGUGUACAUGGCUAGUGGUGGGCUCUUACAUGUGUGGGCUGGCCAAUGCUACCACACAGACAGCCAUGACCUUCAGUUUGCCCUUCUGUGACUCCAAUGUGAUCAACGGUUUCUUCUGUGAUGUCCUCCCACUGCUGUCCCUCUCAUGCUCAGAUACCACCCUCAACCAGCUGGUGCUGCUAGGGUUGUGUGGCUUCAUCAUCGUGGCUACCUUCCUGGCUGUGCUAGUGUCUUAUGCCUGCAUCCUGGCUGCCAUCCUGCGUAUACGUGCAGAAAGCGGCCGCAGUGCAGCCUUUUCCACCUGCGCUGCGCACCUGGCAGGGGUUAGCCUCUUCUUUGGUACUGUCUUCUUCAUGUAUGCACAGCCAGGAGCACUCUCCUCCCCAGAGCAGAGUAAGGUUGUGUCUAUUUUCUACACUGUGGUCAUCCCCAUGCUUAAUCCCCUCAUCUACAGCCUGAGGAACAAGGACGUGAAGCUGGCUCUGGGGAGGAUUGGAAGGAAAAUCCCUCAGUGA